CUCUGAACUCCUAUCGUCACUCUCUAAUAAUUCUCUGAACUCCUUCGUACUACUUAUUCAGCCAUUUGUGUACUACUUUCACUCUUUAAUUGGGUAUGUUGUGGAGUUGGUAUUUUCUUUGGAAAAUAAAUAUGUUUCUUGUUCGGCUUCUUCUUGCUUCAAUCGUCAUGACCGUUUGCUUUACAACUUUUGCUUCCGGAGCCGAUAAACUGCCCGAAGAUGAAGUUCAAGCUUUAGGUGACAUAUUCAAUACGUUGGGGAAGAAGGAUUGGAACUUCUCUAACCCCUGUAAUAGUUCUGUACCUUCAAGUGAAUCUAUAUCAUUGCCAGCCGGCAUAAAAGAGUAUGCUGCUGUUAAUUGCAGCAACUGCGUCGUCAAUGGCAACCAGUCAUACCGCGUUGUGAGCAUACUUCUCAAAGGACAAAAUUUAACCGGCACUCUUCCUCCAAAUUUGGUGGAGUUACCUUGCCUGGAAAUACUUGACCUCACUCGCAAUUACCUUAAAGGUUCAAUCCCGUCGGAAUGGGGCUCCAUGCCAAAUAUGACCCAAAUUUCCCUUUUAGGAAACCGAUUAACGGGUCCUAUCCCCGGAGCUCUUGCAAACAUCAAAACUCUCAAAAGUUUGGUAGUCGAGUUCAAUCAGCUUUCUGGAAAUCUUCCUCUAGAGCUUGGGAAUAUGCCCUCCAUAGAAAGGCUUUUUCUCAGCUCGAAUUAUUUUACUGGGGAGCUACCUCCGUCAUUUGCAAAUUUGACCACAUUGAAAGAUUUUCGGAUCAGUGACAAUCAAUUUUCUGGACAGAUUCCCAGUUAUAUUGAAAACUGGAAAAACCUCGAGAAAUUAUGUAUUCAGGCAAGUGGUUUGAAGGGGCCAAUUCCUCACCUUGAUCUUUUGGAAAACUUAAGUGACUUGAGAAUUAGUGACUUGAAUGGAUCUAAAGUAACUUUUCCACUGAAAAACAUUAACGUAGCACAAUGGAAAAUACUGAUGUUGAGGAAUUGCAAUCUUACUGGACUGCUACCCGAUGCAAUAUCAUCUCCCCAGAUAAAGGAGUUUCAAAUCUUAGAUCUCAGCUUCAACAGACUAAGCGGACAAAUUCCAAGCAGCUUUGGAAAUCUAACCUAUGUUCAAAGCAUAUACUUAACCGGCAACUUGUUCACUGGACAAAUACCUGAUUGGAUACUGAAUGGAGGAAAAAAGAUCGAUCUUUCAUAUAACAAGUUUAAUUUUACAAUUCAUAAAGGAUCGGAAUCAUCAAUAUCAAAUUCAUGUCAAUAUCGGGAUGGGAUCAACUUGUUCGCAAGCUCCUCGAUGGACAAUAUUGAAACCAAUAUUGUUUCAUGUUUGAGGAGCUCGCUGCGUUGUCCCAAACGUGCCCGGUACAAGCUUCAUAUCAAUUGCGGCGGAGGAAAAGUUACUGUUAAUGAAAGUACUGUAUUUGAUGCAGAUGAUACAAAUCCAGGGGGAGAUUCAAAUUUCUUCCUCGCACAAGAUCAGUACUGGUCGUCUAGCAGCACUGGGCAAUUCUUAGACGAUAAACGCCCCAAAAAAGAUUUCAUUUUGUCAAAUUUAUCCAGACUCUCUACGAACACGUCCAAUCCCGAACUGUACACGACAGCGCGCUUUUCUCCUCUCUCUCUUACUUAUUAUGUCUUUUGUUUGGUAAGUGGGAAUUACACAGUAACGCUCCAUUUUGCGGAGAUAGUGUUCACUGAUGAUGAAAAGUAUAGCAGCUUGGGAAGACGUAUAUUUGAUGUUUACAUUCAGGGAGAGCGAGUGCUGAUGGAUUUCGAUAUUGUAAAAGCGGCAGGUGGGGUUCGUAAGCCAUAUAUACAAAGUUUUAAUGCUGACGUGAAUAGUACCCUAGAGAUCCGUUUCUACUGGGCUGGGAAGGGGACAACUGAUAUCCCAUCCAAAGGAGACUAUGGUCCUCUUAUUUCAGCCAUUUCUGUGGACUCUGGUAGAAAAGAUGAACUCCCUUCAAUUAGCAUACCUACAGGGGCAGUGGUUGGAAUUAUUGUUGCCGGAGUUUUUGGUAUAAUAUUAUUUAUUGUGGCUAUACUAUGGUGGAAAGGCUAUCUAGGAGAAAGAUCAAGUGCUACUGAACAUGAUUUAAGAGGCCUAGACCUGAAAACUGGAACAUUCACCUUAAGGCAAAUCAAAACAGCCACAAACAACUUUGAUGCAGUGAAUAAAAUUGGGGAAGGUGGUUUUGGUUCUGUUUAUAAGGGCCUUCUAUCUGAUGGCACCAUGAUGGCAAUCAAACAACUUUCUUCCAAAUCAAGGCAAGGAAAUCGUGAGUUUUUGAAUGAGAUCGGGAUGAUUUCUACUUUGCAACACCCUCAUCUUGUAAAGCUCUAUGGAUGCUGUGUUGAAGGAAAUCAAUUGUUGGUCGUAUACGAGUACAUGGAAAAUAAUAGCCUUGCUCGUGCUUUGUUUGGUGCAGAAGAAUAUCAAUUACAAUUGGAUUGGCCAACAAGACACAAGAUUUGUGUUGGUAUAGCAAGAGGUUUGGCCUUUCUCCAUGAAGAAUCAAGAAUGAAGAUUGUCCAUAGAGACAUCAAGGCUACUAAUGUCUUGCUUGAUAAAAAUCUCAACCCUAAGAUAUCCGACUUUGGUUUGGCCAAGCUUGAUGAUGAAGAUAAUACCCACAUCAGCACCCGAAUUGCUGGAACUUAUGGUUAUAUGGCACCUGAGUAUGCGAUGCGAGGUUAUUUAACUGACAAAGCAGAUGUUUAUAGUUUUGGAAUUGUUGUCUUGGAAAUUGUCAGUGGGAAGAGCAACACAAGUCACCGGCCUAUGGUGGAAUCUCUACAUCUUCUUGAUUGGGCACUUGUUUUAAAAGAGAAAGGAAAUCUGUUGGAUUUGGUUGAUCCAAGAUUAGGCUCAAACUACAGGAAGGAAGAGGUUAUGCGUGUGAUUAAUGUGGCUCUCCUAUGCGCUAAUGUUUCUGCAACAGUUAGGCCUACCAUGUCCUCAGUGGUGAGCAUGCUUGAGGGCAAUGCUGUUAUUCCUGAGCUGAGUCCAAAUUUAAGUAUCGUUGAUGAUGAAAUAAAAGUGAAGGCACUAUGGAAUCAUUUUCAAGAUAAGAAAGAAUCGAGUAUGGGAAAUAGCCAAACCCAAGGUUUAUUAACGGAUGACCAAUUCACCGGUACUACUUCAUCUACAUCUGCCGUUGAUUUAUAUCCAAUCAAUAUGGAUUCUAGUUACUGGGAGAAAAGAGUUUAGAUAAAUGAGCAAUAGUGCUACUCUUUAUUCUUAUUUAGAGUGUGUCUUUAAUCGCACUAAUUGUUUCGACAUAUUUUAAGUACGUACUUGUUGCAUGUACAGGUCAAGUACUUAAAUAAAAAAAUUCCUUGGAAUAUGAAAGAUUAUCUAGUACUGUAAUAAAAAGAAAAGUCACAUUAUUUAAUAAGUUUGCUGUAGCGUAAUAAAUGUGAUGAGUUGCUAGCA